AUGUCGACGAUACCGGCGGACACCCUGCAGUCGGGCAAUCCCCCCGUUCUGCCCCUCGAUUUCAACGCGAACCAGCCGCCCAAGGUGAGGGUCUACCCGUUCUCGAACUACACGUUUGGCGUCAAGGAGACACAGCCCGAAGAAGAUCCUUCCGUGAUUGCACGAUUAAAGCGCCUUGAGGAGCACUAUGCCGAGCAUGGCAUGCGCCGCACGUGCGAGGGUAUUCUGGUGUGCCACGAGCACAACCAGCCACACAUUCUGAUGCUGCAGAUCGCAAACGCUUUUUUCAAGCUUCCCGGCGACUAUCUGCGGCCAGAACACGACGAGAUUGACGGAUUCAAGGCGCGUCUCGACGAGCGCCUAGCACCUGUUGGCCGCCUCGGAGAGGACGAGAAGGACGGGGAGUGGGAGAUUGGCGAGUGUCUGUCGCAAUGGUGGCGGCCCAACUUUGAGACCUUCAUGUACCCUUUUGUGCCUGCACACGUCACUCGCCCCAAGGAGUGCAAAAAGAUCUACCUCAUUCACCUGCCCAAGAACAAAGUGCUCAGCGUCCCCAAGAACAUGAAACUGCUCGCCGUGCCUCUGUUCGAGCUUUACGAAAACAGCGGCCGAUACGGGCCUCAACUUUCUGCGAUCCCGCAUAUCUUGAGCCGUUAUAACUUUGAAUUCGUUGACGAGGACGGCAAGGUUGUCAAGGUGACGCCCGGCGACGGUUCUAAGGCUGGAGAAGAGCGCCCCAAGACAAAGGUACUCGUCGGCGACGACACAGACAUGAAGGAGAUAAAGGAGGAGAACGGAAUUAACUAA